GAUGUAUUGCCGGGUGCUUUCCACAUUUGCAAGAAGAAUGACAACGAUUACUCUAAAUAAUGGRCAUCCAAUGCCUCUUGUUGGCUUAGGAACGUGGAAAAGUAAACCAGGACAAGUAAAAAAUGCUGUGGAAGCAGCCAUUGACUGUGGCUACAAGCACAUCGACUGUGCCGCGGCGUACAUGAACGAGAAAGAGGUCGGGGAGGCUUUGAAAUCGAAGCUGGGAAAAGUUAUCGAAAGAAAGGAUAUAUUUAUUACUUCAAAGUUGUGGAACACUAAACAUAAUCCCAACGAUGUCCGCAGUGCUUGUCUGAAAACUCUUCAAGACUUGCAACUUGAUUACUUGGAUCUAUAUCUCAUGCACUGGCCCAUUUCAUUUGAAGAUGGGGAUAAUUAUUUCCCUAAAGAAGARUCUGGCAGAGUGCGAUAUGCAUAUCAUGAUCCAUGUGAUACCUAUAAAGCAAUGGAGAAGCUAGUUGAUGAAGGACUUGUUAAAUCAAUAGGUCUGUCAAAUUUCAAUAGUAAACAAGUUAGUGAUAUCUGCAAUGUCGCACGAAUCAAACCAGCCAUCAACCAARUAGAGUGUCAUCCAUAUUUGACUCAAGUACCUUUGAUUGAGCAUUGCAAGAAACUUGGUGUUUCAAUAACUGCWUAUAGUCCUCUUGGUUCGCCUGAUCGUCCAUGGGCCAAACCAGGUGAUCCAAGUUUACUUGAUGAUCCUAAACUCACUGAAAUAGCCAAUAAAUACAGCAAGACUACUGCUCAAGUCUGCAUCAGGUUCCAGGUUCAAAGAGGGGUUGUAGUGAUCCCAAAAAGUAUUACACCAGAAAGAAUUAAAGCCAAUUUUCAGGUGUUUGAUUUUGAAUUGACUGGUGAUGAGAUGGGUGUUUUGGAGUCAUUUAAUCGCCCAUGGAGGGCCUGUCUUGUCAAAGCUGUGAUUGAUGGUGAAGAAGUUGUUCGAGAUGCUCAUCACCCACACUUCCCUUUCAACAUUCCCUUUUAAGAACAAAACAGCAAGAAAAAAAUGAAAUUAGUAUUGCUUGCAUACUUACUGUGACUUUUGUACUUUAGAAAAAUGAAUUUGUUGGUAUCAGAGUGUUAUUUUUGCGUUUCUAUUUUGGUUUAUUUUAUUUCCAAAAACUACAAAUAUAUAAAUUAGUGAUAAUAAAGAUAGACAGCUGGUUUAUUCAUAAAAAAAAACAUUACAGCCAAAGGGCCUUGAGUAUAGUGUAGUACAUCAAAAUUUAACGAUGAAUCCAUACAAUUAUUGUUUGAUCAGAUCCUGAUAUAGUUUCUAUUAAAUUGGAUCUCUGAUUCUAGUUUUAUUGUAUUUUUGAGUCAAGAUUUAUUUGUAUSUUGCCUGAUCCCUCUCUCUGGUCUAGAAUUUUACAGUUCUGCAAGUCUCACAAGGUUAUUGRAUAGCAAUAAAACAAAUUUAAAACCAAA